AUGAAUAAAGAUCAGAAACAGAGAAAAGAUAUAGAAAGCUUUAUAAAUAAUACUUGGAUACCUCAACAUGCUGAUGAAGAUCAGAAUCAAUCUGUAUGUACCACUAGUGUAAAUCAACAUGCUGAUGAAGAUCAGAAUAAAUCUGUAUGUACCACUAGUGUAAAUCAACAUGCUAAUGAAGAUCAGAAUCAAUCUGUAUGUACCACUAGUGUAAAUCAACAAGCUAAUGAAGAUCAGAAUCAAUCUGUAUGUACCACUGGUGUAAAUCAACAAGCUAACAAAGAUCAGAAUAAAUCUGUAUGUACCACUAGUGUAAAUCAACAUGCUGAUGAAGAUCAGAAUCAAUCU